CGUUUCCGAAAUGCAUGGGGCCCCGCAUUGGCUGUAUUUUAGCAGGAAACACAUGUUUUCAGCUGACAGGGCUGGGGUGAGUGAACGGAGCUGAACAGCUGCACAAAGGAAACAAAAAGGAAACUAGUGUUUUGUUGUCACCCUGCCAGUGAGGCUCAGUUGGGGGGUAAAAACGGGUCAACUGGGUUUUUAUCUGUUUAAGGCAAGGAUAGCUUUCAAGGGACGUGUUCUCUUAAUGACCACUUGAGUUGAAGACCACUUGAAUAGCCAUGACACUUGGAGUACUAGUGUUCCUGUCUGCUCUCUGCUGCUGCCUAGCGGCCAAUGUGGAGCUGCUCCGCACUAAGAGAGGGACUCGUUUUUACAGAGGUGAGCCUGACAGGCAGCCAGCUAGACGGACCAUUUUGAUUGUUCAUGUCCAGAAGUCUUCACCUUCCUUUGACACUUCCCUAUAUUGUGUGGAUAGUGAGACGUCAGCUGUGCGUAGUUUUGGGGACUCUUGGCUGCGAUGGAGGGGACAGCGUGUGGAGUAUUGCCAUUGUGCAUUAAGAGGACGAGAGCGUUGUCAUUUUGUGCCCGUCAUCAACUGCUACAUGUCUCAGUGCUAUAACGGAGGAACCUGUAAAGAGGCUGUGUACACUUCUGACUACAUUUGUCAGUGUCCCCCAGGCUUCAGUGGGACUCACUGUGAAAUCAACACCAAUGAGAAGUGUGCAGUGGGGCAGGGUGAAGGAUACCGCGGCACAUGGAGUAUCAGCAAAUCAGGAGCAGAGUGCAUCAACUGGAAUUCUACAUCUCUGAGAGGAAAGAAGUUCACGGCUAGAAAAGUGGACGCCAGCAGUCUUGGACUGGGCAAUCACAACUUCUGCAGGAACCCCGACGAUGACAGCCUUCCUUGGUGUUACAUCUAUAAAGGCACUCAGAUCGUCUGGGAGUUCUGUUCCAUGCCCAAGUGUCCUGAAGAUAAGUACAAACAAUGUAUGCAGGGCUCUGGUCAGUCAUACAGAGGCACAGCAUCUGUCACCAAGAGCGGCUCUCGCUGUCUCCCGUGGGACUCCCCUGCUUUGAAGCGCAAGCUCAACAAUGCCUGGAAAUCUGAUGCACUGGAGCAGGGGCUGGGCAGCCACAACUUCUGCAGGAAUCCAGACGGUGAUGACGGUCCAUGGUGUCACACCUAUAAAAACAUGCUGCUGACCUGGGAGCUGUGUGACAUACCUAAAUGCUUGAGACGCCCAUCUACCAUCACCACUUCUGGCCCGCGUGCCCCCACCACUAACAACAACAGAGCAACAUGUGGGCAGCGUGAAGACAACACCUUGAAUCGACCGGCGUUCCGCAUGUUUGGGGGCAGAGAGAGCAACAUCACGGAGCAGCCGUGGCAGGCGGUCAUUAAUGUUUACCAAUCCCGUCUCAGGAAACACUUUCACCGCUGUGGAGGAGUCCUCAUUGACUCCUGUUGGGUCCUGUCUGCUGCACACUGCUUUGAGGACAAUGAUAAAGCAGAAAAACUGGAAGUCAUUUUGGGAAGAACGUUUCGGAAACAGAAUUCCAGCAGCGAGCAGAUUUUUAAAGUUGAGAAGUACUGGAUCCAUGAGAAAUUUGACAACGAAACAUUUGACAAUGACAUCGCUCUCUUGAAGCUGAAAACGGACAUUGGCAUCUGUGCUAUAAACUCUCCAGAGGUUCUUCCUGCGUGUCUGCCUGAACGUGGGUUGGUGCUGCCCGACUGGACCGAAUGUGAAAUCUCAGGUUAUGGAAAAGACUCUGAAUUUUCUGCACAGUUCUCUGAGCGUGUUAAGAGAGGUUAUGUUCGCCUUUGGCCCAGAGAGCGCUGCGUCCCAGCUGUUCUGUCUGGACGCACAGUUACCUCCAACAUGCUGUGUGCUGGUGACACCCGAGGCCUGGAUGACGCCUGCAAGGGAGACUCCGGUGGCCCGCUCGUCUGUCGAAACAAUGACAAGAUGACUCUGAUGGGUGUGAUCAGCUGGGGCGACGGGUGUGGGCAGAAGGAUAAGCCUGGGGUCUACACCCGUGUCACCCAUUACAUCGACUGGAUCAACGGCAAGAUUAAGGCAAACCCGGUCUAAAGUAAGGGAGGCUGCCAAGAAGAUAUUGUUGGAUGACCAUACCCAUAAACACAGUGGGUAGAGCAGAUCUGUUUAUCAUUGAGAAGAUAGACGAAGAGAAGACUCUGUUCUGUUCAGGGUUUAUCUGUUGAUCUAAAUUCAAACUGAGGUUUUAAACCAGCCGAACCACUCCUACAGAGAGGCACAAGAGGGACCACAAUCAUGAGUUUUUCAUGCUCAAUGUAUGUUGAGCUCCAUGGUCUCUUCUUUACUGUGUUGAAUGUGACAGUAUAUAUGGACAGAAACACAGGACAAACCCUUUUUUCCUCCUCCUGGGCCACCUCGAUCUUAAUAACAUUUUUUUAUACAAAGUUUUAAUGUGUUUUCUCAUUCACCAAACUGGAGGAUCAGGCAGGAAAAAAGGAAAUAUCAGUUUGUUCCUCUGCUCUUUCUGGCUGGCUUUAUGCUGGUUUAUAGACGAAGUCACAGCGGUAGACUUCAGGUCAGUAGCACUCGACAUAAGCAUUCACUUUGCACAGUACAGUAACUCACAUAGGAAUGUACGCAUUUUUUAAAGUUUUGUGCAAAGAUUAUGUUACAGUUAGUUUGGGGCUUGAGGGUUUCCAGACCUGCACCCAAAAGACAGAACCUAUCUGCUGGUUCAGAUUCUGCUUGUUUUUGCAGUUCUAGCUUGCUGCCGCCUUGUAGAUGAGAAUAGAUUUGGACAGGUGGAAGCAGGAAACUCUGAGAGACUCACUCCAUUCAACAAACCUGUGUCCUGUUUCUACACGUCACUAAAGAGGAAGAACAUAAUCUCACUUGUUCUCCACUAAUUCUUUUAACCAGAUUUCCAGAGCACUUCUCCUCCAGACACCUGGGUUGAGCCCAGCAGUUAUAUUGUCUGAAUAUUGAUUUAGUAUUGAAAAUGUUCUAUAUUAAACUGCUUAUUGACUGCAAAGCUUAUCUCCUUUGUUCUAUGACUGGGUUUUACAUGUUUUGUACUAAGUUAAUAUUUAUAUGUAUUUUAUAUUGUUUUGGAUAAACUACUUUUGGACUGUGUGUAUUGUAGUUUAAUAAUUUAUUGUCACUGUAAUUAUAACCACAUCUAGCAACAUACUCCUUUGUCAAUAAAUAAUGUUUGGAAUA